GGUAUUAUUUUCUAUUCAUUUGUUUAGCUGAUUGAUCAACCUUUGUUUUAGUCAGAUUAUAUUUCAGUAAGCAACAGACAUUGCAAUAAACACUUUCCCUUUUUAACUUCAGUUUUAAUUGUUUUAUUUGAAGGAAUACGCGAAAUUCAGAUUAAGAAGAAUAAUUCAAGUGCAAUGCCUGAGUAAAACCUCUGUUAACAAGAGAAAAACCGAUCAGAACUAGUGCAGUAUGGACGGUGCAAACGGUAUAGAUGUUGAGCGCGUGGUCGGUAGCAUGAUGUGGACUGAUAUGGAAGUGGACGAUAAUGGCAAAGUGUCAGUAAAUGAGUUCGGCAGAUAUUUAAGACAACACGGAGUAGAUGUUUCAAAUUUUGCCAUAUUGAGGAUUGUCUCUGAUGGGCAAACACCUCAGACAAAUAUGGACCACGAAAUGUUUGUCAACGCUAAAGAAAAACUCGUUUUAGAACAUUCAAAUCAGACUGAACUUACGCCUGAAGAGAAACUAAGAAAAUAUAAAGCUAACUACCUUGAUCUGUGGAGAGAACAUUCGAGAUCAAGGAAUGAAACGGGCGAGAUACCAGUAUCGCAACUUCCGCAUAUAGUAUUUGCAGAAUGUAACCCAACAAGAGAACUCUUAGAUGCUCUGAUUGCGGUAAAACAAGACGGUAGUGAGAGUAUAAAUUUUGAGGAGUUCUGUGAAAUGCUAGAGAAUCUACCUCAAUCAGGAAUGAUAGAUGAGAACAGGUUACUAAAGGCCUUUCAAACAGAAGAUAUUGACGGUAGCGGCUACAUCAGCAGGUCGCAACUCUAUUCCUUGCUUAUAGAAAAUGGAAACGAUCCAUUAAAGAAAGAGGAAGUCGAUGAAAUGAUGGAAGACUGCGGGUCCGGCGACAGGUUCAAAUAUACAGACUGGGUCCAAAGGGUUAUCACCAUAAAAAGCCUUUCAGAAAAGUGAAACAUUAUUUGAGGGAGAGAAAGAUAUUUGGUCGGCCAAUAUUCACAGCACAGAGGAGAUCGUAUGGACAACAAACUCUAGCAAAUCUGCUUUACCGGUGAAAUGUAGACAUUUAAUCAACAAAUAUCAAAACACACGUUUUAACAAGAGUCUUGAAAGGUUCUUGUGACUGAGUUCUGCACUCCAGCAUUGAAACCACAAAACCGCUUCCUGAAAAAGUAAUUAAAAAAUAAAUCAUGAAUAUAUGUUAAUGUUAAGAAGAUUAUAAAUCUCUUUUAAAAUACGUCUUAUGAACAAUUACCAUCAAAGAAAUAAAGACACUUUGUUUUUAACGGUACCAGUGUAUUUAUAAAGAUAAAGGUGACGACCUCUAUAGAACAAAGAUAUUUAAUCUUUCCAGUGAGGCUGCAUUGUGUUUACUUGAAAACUUGCAAGAAAGUUGAAAAAAACUA